AUGCUUGAAAUGAUAAACAAAAGGAAAAAGAAGAAUGAGACGCUGAUACUGGAACUUCAGCAAGCACAAAGUCGAAUUGGUAAAAAUAUUAAAGAAAUACAGACGAAAUUACAGCUACAGGUAAACCAAGCGAAUGAGUUGUUUGUUGAGGCAAAACAAGUAAAAACAAAACUUAACGCUAUUGAUGAAAACCUGAAUAGGUUGAAUAAAGACAUCAGCAUUGAUGUAUUUGAGUUUCAACAUUCUUCCCACAUGGAACAAAUGGUCAAGUCUUGUGAACCGCUCGGUGACAUAGUUGAUGGAUCAAAGCAAAAGAUCGAAAACAGGGCAUCAAAACACGAUUAUCUUGUUUGUAGCAAAGACAUAACAGAUCAAACUGGUUUAGACAGGAAGAGUAUUUCUGAAAUGGAUGCUUAUUUUGAUUGUGAGAUUAACAUUAAAACACAAGAUGAUUCUUCAUAUUGCUCGAUUAGAAAAUGUGCACUGAUUUGCCCAAGUCAGAUCAUAGUCGCUGAUGGGAAAAAUAGAUGUGUGAAAUUAGUUGAUGUCAAUAACAAAGAAGUUUCGAAGUACAAUCUUCAGUAUAUUCCCUCUGUUGUAGCAGUAGUAAAUCCCAAUAUGGUUGCUGUGACGUUUCCUGAUAAUAAGAAGAUACAAUUUUUCACAAUAACAGCAGGUAAUAAGAUCAAUGAAAGUCACAUAAUUAACGUUCAUACAGAUUGUAAUAAAAUUGCAAUCCAUGAAGAUAAGAUUAUUGGCAUAACCAGCACGCCGAGUGUUGAGAUUAUGAGUAUGAGCGGACAACUGAUAAAAUCUUUAUCUCAUCCAAAUAUGACAUGGUUAAUGGAUAUUGCUGUCGUACCAAGUUCACAGAUGUUUUAUGUCAGUAAUAAUUCAUUCGGGUAUAAGGGUGUUUUAAAAUAUGAUUUUAAUGGCAAUCUGAUAGCAACAUACGAGGACAAUGAUCUGGUAGAUGUGAGAGGAUUAGAAAUAACAAGAGACGGUACAGUGCUUGUGUGUAAUUGGGCUAGAGAUGGCAGUAUACAUAUGAUAACACCUGACUGUAAAAAGAUAAAAGAACUCUUGAAAGAUGAUGGACAUGUUAGAAGUCCCUGGUGUGUUACGUUCUGUAAUGACACAAAUAAACUAUUUGUUGGAAACUUUGCGUCAAAUAUUGAUAAAAAGUUUAAAAACGCUUUGAAAGUAUUUCAAUUAAGGUAG